CCACAUUCCAAUAUUAAAUCAUCCCUUUUUAGUAGUCCUUUACCUUUUUAAUAUUUCCUCCAAUUUUAAUUUUUUUAAUUCUCCCUCCUAAUUUUUUCCUCCCUACUUUAUUUAUUUCUCUUUGCUUUUCCCUGGAAAACCCUAAAUUCCAUUUCCAUUGCAGAAAUUCCAGAAGAACACUAGUAAAAUUUGCUACAAUUUUCUCUGUAAUUUUUUGUGAUUAAUUUUCACCUUGAGGUGGAGAGGGUAAAGCAGCAGACAGCACUCUGGAGCAAGCUCUGUUCAUCCCUUCCUCCUGCAAUGGCGAAGCCUUGAGUUCUCAGAAGUCAGUUACUGUUGUAAAGUCUUCCUUUUUGUACUGUUUUUUCAUCUUCUUCAUCCUUCUUUGAGAGUUUCAAGCCUAUAGCUUUCUGGGUUUCCUUUUUCUCCCUCUGUUAAUUCGUUUUCUGAAACUGAAGUAGCCAUUUCCCCUGUACUCCUUCAGUUUCGAAAAAAAGUUUCGAUCUUUAGCUCCAAGGGUUUUGUCUUUUUUCGGUGGGUGGGGUUUAGUGUUUUGUGUGUAAAUGGAGGCGGCAACACAAGGAAUGAUUUAUUCUUCAGGUGUAACGGUUAGGGGCGAUGAGGCUCCGGAGAGCUACAGGGUUGCUCCUAGAGCUGAAAUUUCGAACCCUAACCCGAAUUCAGCUUCAAUCAACCCGAACCCAGUUCAAAAUAACUCGACCCAGUUCAGCAGCCCACCACCACCGGCGAGUUCUCCGCCGGGGAGCGGCGGCACGUUGGUGAAGAAGAAAAGGGGAAGGCCGAGAAAGUACGGACCCGACGGAAGUCUGAACCCGACAUUGUCGCCUAUGCCGAUAUCAGCGUCCAUCCCUCUCACCGGAGGAGAUUUCUCCUCGCCGUCGACGUCUUGGAAAAGAGGCAGAGGCCGGGCGAUUGACUCGGUCAAGAAGCAGAAGCAGCAGCACAGAACCGAGCACGAGAGCCCAGGGGAUGGAGUUGCUUACUCUGUCGGCGCGAAUUUUACUCCCCAUGUGCUUAAUGUCAAUGCUGGCGAGGAUGUCACAAUGAAGGUUAUGUCCUUUUCUCAACAAGGUGCUCGAGCCAUAUGCAUUCUUUCUGCAAAUGGCACAAUCUCAAAUGUCACUCUUCGCCAGCCUACUUCUUCGGGUGGCACACUGACAUACGAGGGCCGUUUCGAGAUACUCUCCUUAUCCGGGUCCUUCAUGCUUACUGAGACCGGAGGACAAAAGAGUAGAUCAGGUGGAAUGAGCGUGUCAUUAGCAGGCCCUGACGGUCGAGUUGUUGGUGGAGGUCUUGCUGGUCUUUUGGUAGCUGCUGGUCCUGUGCAGGUAGUUGUCGGCAGCUUUACACCUGGUCAUCAGAUGGAGCAGAAGCAGAAGAGGCAGAGAACUGAACCACCACUUCCUCCACCACCACCAAUGGUGACUACACAUCCUCCGGUCACUGUUAUGACAGCCGCAGAUCUAAAGGGGGCGUAUGCUGCAAUGAAACCAGUCAUAAGCCCUCCCUCGUCGUCAUUCCACCACGGAGACAACACCAACCAGCAUUCGUUUAACAACCCUGACGUCCAUAUGUUUAGUAGGAACCCGCCAUCUCUUGACAACCGGAGUUCCUCCACGGUUGAUGACGAGGAAGACGAGGACGACUCUAGAGGUCAUGAACAUGAACAGUCACCAACACACUGUGAGGUAUCUUGCUGAUCAAGUUACUACACCUUUGACACUUACUACAUGUGGGGCUUAUGUUGUAUCUUCACUAGUCGCACCGCAAAGAGAGCAGCAGUAACCGAGGGCUUUUACAGCAAUCGCCUGGCGUAAGAGAUUUUUAACCUGGCAAGUGUACUCUUUUGUUGUGUUCUGUUUAGGAGCUCUUAGGGUUUUCAAGACUCAAGGUAGAAGCGUUUAGGAUAAAAGGUUUGGCCUCUUUGUGGGCUGUAUUACUGUUAUUUUGUAGUGUUGUUAUCCUUUUCCUUUAUGUCGUUGUAGCAAUUUCAAGGGAGAGGACGAGGGAGUUUGUAUUGAAUCUACUUGUGGUGUGUGAACUCUUCUGGUCUGAUUAAAGUUCUUGCUGUAACUUAACCAUUGGAGCUGUUUUUUUUAUCUGAUGGGUUAUGAAUGAUAAUUUAUGUUGGUAUGGAUGAACAUGAAAUGAAGC